AUGGCAGACGGUCUGGAGUUUGCUUCAAAUUAUGAUCUCGCGGCCUUCAUCGUGCACUGCAUCGCAUUGCCAGUCCUCCUCGUCUGCAUAGUCGCAUCAACAUGUUUACUGCGGAGAUGGAAAGAUGCUGGGCUAUCGCUUCUGAUCACAUACAACGCUGCUGUGGUCUUGACCUUUAUAUCUUUCGCAUUUUGGAUCGCCGACAGCGUCGUCUACGCUAGGAUUCAGAGCUCGUAUGGCUAUCCGUCUUCCUGGAGACCCAUUCUGAUUCUCGACGUAUUCGCCAACUCAUUUGAUCUCAUCUUUCGAGUAGCCACCUUCGCCGUCGUGGUGUAUCUCGCUACCGUGUCUUUGUCGAGCUCCAAACGACGACAGGCUACCAAGUUCUUCGGCAUCGCGGUCGUGAUUGUGCUGUCGGCGUUGACCAUUGCUAACAUUGGCUUACGCGGCCACAACGAGGGUUUCACAGAAGCCUACUACGACAAUGACUUCGAGGGAUCGGCCCUCAGGCGAACAAUUGCCUACUGGGCAUCGCAGAUCUCUGGUGUCCAGAUGGCGUUUUAUGCGGUUUAUCUCCUCGCCAUGAUAGUGACUACAGUGGCGACAUUUCUGACGCGCAAUCCACCUCUGAUUAUUUCUGCCGCAUUUCUCCUGGCGAUUACCAUCCUGGAGAUCAUCCUCAACGCUUGGCAACUGUACAUCCAAGAUCAUCCCAUCACAUAUGUUGACGAGUUCAACUACGAUGUGUUCUACGACUACAGUGGUUCGGAGUACAUCUUGGAGAUCAUCUUGCAGUCCGUGCUGCUGGUCACCUUGUUGUUCGCGCCUCGGCCGUACAAGAGGUGA